AUGGCGAACUCGGGAGGAAGUGCGCAAGACUACAUUCACAAUUUCAAUUUGCAUGUGAUUCUCAAAGAAGCUAUCAGAGAAUUGUGUUACACACGCCCAGAGCGACCAUAUGCUUUCCUGAGCAACUACUUCGCAAAACUAGCAUCAGAAGAGCACCACAAUUCUCGCGUUCCUCCAGCAUACGAACCUGUUCACACUUCGCUAUCAAACUCAAAGUCCCUCCACGAAAUCCAAGACGAGUACAAAGCCGAUCCCGAGCCAGAAGUUACUGUAACGAGGGAGAGUCGCCCUUCUAUCACACGAAGAGGCGCAAUUUCCGCUGAAGUAAUUUCCCCCGCCGAUGUAAAGAACUUUACGCGAACGGUGAUUCCGAAAGACUACAAAACUAUGCAAGCGCUGGAACGAGCAUUUGAGAACAACGUUUUAUUGCGAUCUUGCGACGAGGAGCAACGAGGGCAUAUUUUCGAUGCAAUGUCUGAGCAAACGUUUACGAAAGGAACAGUCAUCAUUAGACAAGGCGAUUCAGGAAACUUCUUCUAUGUCAUCGACCAGGGAGAAGUAGAAGUCCUGGUUAACGACAAACAAGUUGCUCUCAUUUCUGAAUGGGGAACCUUCGGAGAGCUGGCUCUUAUCCACGGUCGUCCUCGGCAAGCUACUGUAGUGGCGAAAACUGAUGUUGUGAAACUGUGGGCUAUUGAUAGAGAAACGUACAGGAAAAUAUUGAUGAGUUUGCAACAACAAAAGAGGGAGAAAUACGAUGACUUCCUUUCUAAGGUGCGCAUUCUCGACAAUCUGCAAGACUGGGAACGACUGACUGUAGCAGACGCUUUGGAGGCGGUCUCGUUCGAGGCUGGAAUGGCAAUAGGGCCGGGUCGCGAAACUGCGGCUCAUUUAUUGCGAGAGGGCGAACUUGGUAAUGAAUUCUUCAUCGUCAUCGACGGGACGGCGGACGUGACCCAAAACUGCGCCGGCAGCAUCAAAAAAGUUGGCCAACUCGGGCCUAGCGAUUACUUUGGCGAGCUGGCGUUGAUUUUGGACAGGCCUCGCGCCGCAACAGUAACGGCGAAGACGUACAUGAGGUGCGUCAAAUUAGACCGCUCCAGAUUUGAGCGCGUAAUGGGACCAGUUAUGGAUAUACUCAAAAGGACAGAAUAUUAUAAGGAAUAUAUCAAGUACAGCGUUUGA